AGCUUCCUAAAGAUUGCAAUUUCGAAUAGUCCCGCAUUUUUGGAUUAAAUUUCGACUGAGAGUCGAUUCGUGUAUCGAAUAUCAUCGAUCUAACAAGUAUUCGAUACAGAGUCUAAUACAUAUGCCGCACAUGGUUUAUUGUGGCGCAUGAAUUAAUGGUGCUUCGAAGAUAACUCUGUUAUGUUGUAAAAUUGACAAGAAAUGUUGCACAUUUUCGUGGUACAAUGACUAUGCGGCGGUUCGCUUAGUCAGAAGUGGGCACGAUCAAAUGUAGAUGCCGGUUCGUGCAACAACAUUGCUUUUGUGUCCCUUGAAACGAGGGUGUGACAGUUGAUAUGCAUUCCAAUCGAGCACAUAUUUUUUUUCCUUUCGAAAUGAAAAUGAACGUCGCGUAACUUUUACCGUCUGCUCGUUUGGCGAACCGAAACAAAUCACAUCGUUGCGAGAAAAAUAAAUUUCCAACACGACAUACACACUGUAUUUAAGAUUUGUUUAUUUUCCUUUGACUGCGUCGACUGUUCUGUUACAGUAGAGAUCGUGCGAGAUUGAAUUGGAUCACGCGACCUGCGAUCUUUUCUUGAAAAAUUCGUGCCAUAUCUUGACGUUAUGCGGUUUUGAACAGUAUAUGAAAAGAUACCAAAGUAGCGGACGCUAUUUGUAGGUUAGAAAGAUACAUGAGUGCUGUUGUCAGUAGAGGCAACGGCAAUUCGCCCAAGUAAUCUUUAAUGCAAACCCUAUGCAUUGGCUUCAAGCAACCAAUAUACGCGAAGAGAUGCCGUUAAGCCAAAUAAAUCAAAGUAAUUUCGUUAGUACCAGCGAGAGUGUGAAUCCUGGCACCGAGAUAGUAUCAACUUGUUAUACUCCUCCACCUUCGUAUCAUAACAUUAAUUUACCUCUGGGUCAUCCGUCAACUUUGACUAAUGAUUGCGGUGCACCUCCUUCCUAUGAAGAAGCCAUAGAUCCAAAUGCACCUCCUCCAUCCUAUGAUUCGUUGUUUGGUCGUAUGAGGGAAGCGCACAAAGUUUCAAAAGGAGUGUUUGACUUUUUGAAAAAUAUUAUCGUCUUACUUUUAGGCACUAUUGGAUGUACUAUUAUCUUAGGAGUAACAAUAGUAGUUCCAAUAUGUAUGAUGGUGAUUGGAGGACUUUAUCUUUAUGAUUGCCCACAAGGAGAAUAUAUUCCUGUUUAUUUGUUAGUGGGUGGUGGUUUUGGUGUUUUCAAACAGUUGUUACAUUUGUCAGCAAGGGUACGUCAACGUCAGGAAGAACGAGACGAAGAAAGAAUACGACAAUCUCCUACUCAAACGUUAAUUAAUUGUUUUAUGCUUGGCUGGUUUAUUAUAGGCUCAAUGUGGGUAUAUAAGGAAUACGAGCCAAAUUAUGAUCCAGCUCUUGGCAAAUAUUGUAACAAAACGUUGUAUUUAUUUGCCUUCUGGCUAAUUACAGCCGUUUACAUAUUCUUGGGAGUGAUAACCGCCGGCUUUUGCAGUAUUUCGGUAGCAAGCAUCGCGUUUCAAAGACCACCGCCCGAUCUAAUGUAAAUUCUCAUGAUCUCAUUUCAAAAGGAAGAAACAAAGUCGUUCAAAAAUCUAUUAUUUUGGGAACAAAGACGACAAGUGUUGCGAAAUGAAAAACUAAAAUUUUUUGUGGAUAUACAAAAAUUACGUCGUAACAGGGCACAAAAAUUCGUCCACGCUUUACGUACCUGAGAUGCUUAAAACAACAAUCUACGAACGGAUCGUUUGCACGUAAAAUACGUUCGAGUUUCGAAAAUUGAUGCUUGUAAUCAUACGUGGCAACGUUUCCUGAUUUUUCAAACGUGCUUGAUUGUGUUUCAACGUUUCCACACAAUUGAGGCUACCUUUGCUAUGAAUUGGAACAAGCGAACGUAGUAAAUGACAGAUUGAUUUCUCAAAAUUGGUAUGUACGCGAAGAGAAAUGAGAAAGGGAAAGAAGAAGCGAAAAUAGUCGAUGAGAUGCUUUAAUCAAUUCAGGGCUGUGGAUAUUUCGCAAUAAGACGCGAAUUUCUUUUUUUUUUUUUGAUAUUGUGCCAAGAAAUCGCAAUGCCGUAGAACGAAGAGUAUUUUGCUAUUGAAACGUCGGUCGCCCGCAUCGACGCUCAAUAUUCGUAACGAAAUGUUCUUCACUUGAGUAAAAUCUCAGGACGUGUCAU